AUGCCUUCAACAACUCUUCCGUCCGUGAGUCCCGUUCCUGUAUCAUCACAACCAUCUCUUAGUCCAAUCUCUUCCUUAAACGGUGGUAAUAACGGUAACGAUUAUCAUAUGUCGCAUCAUAUGCAUCAUCAGGGAAAUGCUACAAGCACUGCGUACCAUCAUUCCCCUCCUCUUGAACAUGCUCAACAACCGAAUCAAGAUGUUUCAAACUAUAGUAGUAACGGCACUUCCGUGAGCAUGCCAUCUCCACCUGCCAGCAUUCCUCCAAGUUCGUCCAAUUUACGAUUUGAAAUAAUCCUUGAGGCUCCCACAGCGGCUGCUCAACGCAUUGAUGAGACACCUAUGACGUACCUUAAUAAAGGACAAUACUAUGGUGUAUGUUUGCAAGAUCAAGAUAAAUAUGAUGGAGAAUUUACAAGCAUCGUUAAAGUUAUGUUUCACGAUGACGCUCAUCGUAAAAUGGCUUCCACUUAUUGGAGCUUUUGGUUGACACAACAAGCUUCUCCAAAAACUGCCAGGGCUAUUGAUAUUGACAAAGCAGCCUCAACUGGAAUCAGUAGUGUAGAAACUAAAACUUUUGAUAGAGUACAAUUUCGAUGGAAUGGCAUUCCACUAAGAAUACAUAUAGAGACUAAAUCUGAAAAUGGUGCAACUAGCAACACUAUCGAGAAGGCCUUCGCAAAAGUUAAGCUUUUUAGAGAUAAGGGUGCUGAACGCAAAAAUAAAGAUGAUCAAAAGCACCUUGAGAAGAUGGUUGAAAAAAUGAGGGGUAAAUCAUCACAAGAACCUACAUCACCUAUGAUCAUGAUGUAUGCACCUCCAAAUGCUAUGACCGUAUUUACUGAGAUCACUGGAAAUAAUGAUGCAUCUGAUGAUGAAGAAGUUCAAAGCUUGUCCGAGACGUUGAACAACCUUGAUCCGGACGUAGAAGGAGGUGAACUCAUGACUCUUCAGCUGGGUAAACGUAGAAGAUUUUCCAUGGGUCCCGACUUCUUGGAACCUUUGGACUGUGAUCCAACGUAUAUUCCACAUUUACGGAAACGUCGUGCUGUUCUUUGCAUUUAUGUUAAAUUACCUGGUGAAUCCGCGUAUCGUGCUGUUUAUCUCAAUCAUCUCACUGUACAAGAUCUUAUAUUAAAGCUUACCGAUAAACUCUCUGAAAAGAUUGAUCUUCAAGGUCAGAAUAUUACGAAUGUAAUUAGAUGCACUAAACGUAAUCUAACUGUUCGUCUUGACGAUGAAUCAAUUCAUCAAAUUGAUGAUGAGCAAGACAUGGAAGUGGAAGUUCAGGGUGGACAAGAUGGAACUCUUCAUUUAACGUUGAAAUAUUAA